AUGUUCAGAUUGCGUCAAGCUGCACUAUCUAGCCAAACCUGGCGCCAUCUUUCGUCAAAAAGCCCUUAUCUGAAGGUUUCUGAAGAAGUCCAGCAGGCUAUUCACGAAAAUAAACCUGUCGUUGCACUCGAGAGUACAAUAUACACUCAUGGCUUUCCUUACCCGGACAACAUCGCGCUAGCUUCCCACCUGGAAAGGAUUGUCAGAGCCGGCGGUGGUGUCCCAGCUACCAUUGGUAUUCUCGAUGGCGUCGCCCGUGUAGGCCUAGACGCUGAGGAGGUCAUUCGUCUUGCUGGUGCUGCUGGCAAACCCGAUACGCUCAAGAUUUCACGGCGUGAUCUGGGCUUUGCUUGCGGCUUGGGUUCUCCAGGACGUCGCUACAACGGAGGCACAACUGUCGCUGGUACCAUGAUUCUGGCUCAUCUGGCCGGUAUACAAGUCUUCGCUACAGGGGGUUUAGGUGGAGUGCACAGAGGUGCUGAAAGUACCAUGGAUAUCUCGGCAGAUCUGACCGAGCUUGGCCGUACUCCUGUCGCUGUCGUCAGUAGCGGCUGCAAGAGCUUCCUUGACAUUGGAAGAACUCUUGAGUACCUGGAGACUCAGGGUGUACCGGUUGCCACGUUCGCCGAUGGCCGCGAUGGCAAGAUAGAUUUCCCUGCUUUCUGGACUCGGGAGAGCGGGAUCCAGAGUCCAAUGAUCCUGAACGAUGAAAAGACUGCUGCUGCGGUGAUCCACGCGCAUAAGUCGCUUGGUCUGCAGUCUGGUUUGUUGUUCGCAAAUCCCAUUCCUGAAGCUUUCAGUAUUGCCAAAUCCGAAAUGGAUAAGGUGAUUGACGAGGCUCUGCAAGAGGCCGCACAGGCAGGUGCGACUGGGGCAGCUAACACUCCCUUUAUCCUUGCCAAGAUCAAAGACUUGACAGGCAAGAACAGCGUCAAGUCGAACAAGGCUCUGAUUGAGAACAAUGUCAGAAGAGGUACCUCGGUCGCGGCUGAGCUGACGAAGCUACAAGCCGAGGACGGCCAAGACUAUACCACAUCUGGUUCGCCUCAGACUGUCUCCGCUCCUAUCGAGCAGACGAAAUUUGUAAUCUCCCCGUCAAUUUUCGUGGCCGGAGCACUUGCUGUUGACUUUUCAUGUGACUAUGCUCCGAUCUCCUCUGCUGCAAGCAAAGAGCCUGCUCUGCACACGUCGAACCCGGCCAAGAUCAACCAGUCACUAGGUGGUGUAGCUCACAAUGUUGCCCGCGCAGCAAAUCUCGUGGGUGAUCCAGUUCGUCUCUGCAGUGCGGUAGGCGACGACCUUUCGGGCAGAGCUGCUCUCGAUGCACUUACAACAGAAGGGCUUGAGAACACUGGUAUCAAGAUCCGCGAGGGCAGCAGUACGGCUCAGUAUGUGGCAGUCAACGAUGCGAGCAAAGAUCUGGUAAUCGCUAUGGCCGACAUGGACAUCUUGGACGAACCUGCAGUUCGUCCAGGCCAACCGUCGACAACCACUUCUACAUCCAGUGAUACGCUCAACGACUUCUGGCUGCCACAGUUGCUGCAGAGCAAGCCCACACAUCUCGUCUUGGACGCAAACUGGCAGUCAUCGUCUUUGGCUCGUUGGCUCGAAGCCGCCAAGUCUCUCCCUGCGCAUGUAGCCUUUGAGCCUGUGAGCACUGCAAAGGCUCCCAAAAUUUUUCAACUCCCUCUGCAGACCACUCUGCGAACCUUCCCUGACCCUUCGAUACAUCUGUCGACUCCCAACUCUUUGGAGCUCUCAGCUAUGUACGCAGUAGCCAGUUCGCUUGGAUUCUUCGAUCGUCAGGAUUGGUGGGCAGUCAUCGAUUCUUUAGGCAUCCCUUCCACAGGUGCUCGUGUGGCGAUGACCAUGGCGACCAACUCUUCUCUUGUCGAUGCUGGUAUUCCACAACAGACCAUUCAGCUCUUGCCGUUUAUUCCUACGAUAUGCGUUAAGCUCGGUGCAGAUGGUGUACUUCUUACUCAGAUCCUUCCUGCUGGUGAUCCGCGUCUCCAAGAUCCUGCAUCUUCGCCGUAUAUACUCAGUCGCUGCUUCAAUCUGCCUGAGGAAUCGUCUGGUGUCGGUGGUGUUUAUAUGCGACUGUUCCCUGCCGCUGAGAAAGUUGACGAGAAGGACAUUGUCAGUGUCAACGGCGUCGGAGAUACUUUCUUGGGCACUAUCAUUGCUGGCCUUGCUAAGAGAGGUAAGGAUGCGAAGAUCGAAGAACUAGUAGACAUUGCACAGAAGGCUGCUGUGCUCACCUUGAAGAGCAAGGAGGCUGUGAGUCCGGAGCUCUCAAGCUUGAGGUCGAUGUUGUAA